AUGCGUGCCACGAGGAUGUCAGUGGUGGAUUUUUGGAAAAAUGAAACCCUUGGCGAUGGUUUUAAUAUUCGAGUUGCACAUGGAGUGAAUAGUUGGCCGGAUCUCGUCGAUCAAUUACAUGAGCCAUUUCUCAACAAAUCGAUGCUAAUCGAAGGAGACGUAUUCCUGCAGACCGGACGACGGCCACGACACCGUGCCAUACCGGUGAUGAGAGCAGAUGCCAGAACUGCCGACCGAAUUACGUUCAAAGAAUGGCUUCGUGAGGUGGCGAACUUGCGAAAAGCGAUCAAAAUCAAUUUUCGUUCGACCGAAGUGAUACGGCCAGUGCUACAGUAUCUUUAUGCGUCUCAAGCAGAUCCUCUAGCACCAGUUCUACAGUACCCUGUCAUACUUCAUGCUAAUGUCUUUCGUUCAGCAAGAAGCAUUGAGAAUGUCGUCGAUCCCUCGUCCUUCGUGGACCGAGCACGUCGCCUCUUUCCAGAUGCCACACUUUCGCUUGGUUGGACGAAACAGUCGAAUUAUUCCCUCCUGAGUUCGAAGUAUAAACGGCUCACAUGGAGUCAACUGUUUCAAAUUCUCGAAUAUAUCGCUCGUCUUGAUCAGCCGGUGAUGCUGUCCGUCCGCCUAUCAGUGGUCUCAAAUUCCAAGGAGCAGUUGUUGUGGCUGUUAGGGAUGGAUAAAGCCGUAUCACUAUUGAUAUGGAGCGAUGAAGACGAUACGGACAUAGACUGGGCAUCAGUAGUGGAGAUACGUCGGCUCGCAACAAAGAAUCGAGUACUGUAUGAUUUGUUACCUCGGCAUCGGGAAAUCAUCCAACGAAUACCUGUACAGCCAGUGAUAGUAAAGAACGAACCAAAAUUCUCGCUAUCUCAAUGGCGAGCUGUCGAAUUCGCCACUUCACAGGAUAUGUUGUCGACAGUGGUUCGGUCUAGGAGAGGUGCUGUAUUUCUGGGACAUCCUGCAGCACUGCUGCUUUCCCAGACGCCCCCUCCGCUUUUCCCGAAUUCUCAACAUGUCGAGGGAAAGGUGCACUUUAUGACGAAACGAACAAAGCAUGAAAUCAACAUAGACGACAGGACCGGCCUGGUCAUCUAUCUCCUCGAUAAAGUCCAAGAACUCGAAUCGCCAGAAAUCAAGAAUGCUCUCAAGGUUUUCAUUGGUUACGACGGCCGAGUUAUGAUUGAGAAUAAGGAUAUGCCUCAACGUUACUACGAGACGAAGUCUGUUGGUCAGUUACCCGUUGCCGAAUGCUAUGGAUUCUUUGUAACUGACAAAGGAUGGCGAGUACAGGCAGACGUAUGGACUACGGAAUGUGGCACAAUGACAAAAAAGCGGCGGAGGAAGGACAUUGUUCGGAUGGAACUUGACACUCCAUUCCUCAACCAACGAUCCUUGCGGAAUGUAGUGGUGGCGAAGUCAGGUGACGGUGUUGUCGACUUUCUUCUGGAAGAGCUUCAUCACAACUCCGCCCGAAUUCCAGCCAUCUCAAUUGCGGUCGUUGUCAUAGCCCUGCGGUGGUUACUGUAG